UUGUCUUCAUAGUAAUUGAUGUUUCGAUCUAAAUUUUUGUUAUUUGUUAGUGUGAAACUCAAUUGUAUAACAAAAAAUUGGUCAUCUAUUCAUAGGGUUGAUUAGAAGAUUUGUUGUAAUGGAUUUUUCGGGCAAAGAAAAUGACGUGGAAGAGUCUUUACCACCUGGAGUGUUUGAUAUACCUGGAGAGCCGGCUGUUGUUAUUAAUGGGUUGCCUCCUGUUUCUUCAAAUGAUGACACCUUUUUACCUUGCCCAGUAGUUACUGAUGCAGAAUCACAUAAGAAUAUUGAUUUUGGUCAAUUGUUUGAAGGAAGAGAAGUUCGCAAGUUAUUUGAAGACAAGUAUUACAAUGGAAAAGUUACUAAAUUUGACGAGGAAACUGGUUGGUUCAGGGUGAAGUAUGAAGAUGGUGAUAACGAAGAUCUUGAGUGGCAUGAAUUGGAAGAAGUUCUUCAGCCAUUGGACAUUAAUAUUCCAUUGGAAGAGGUAGUUACAAAGAUCAUUAAGAAAAAACCGAGUUCUAUUGAGAAAUUUGGGGGUAGAACUUGAAAUUAUGGUGUAAAAAUGACAAAGACAUGGUAAAGAAAAAUAUCUUAUUUAUGUAGAACUGUUAGCAUGUCAAACAUUACAUGGAAUAC